AUGCUAUGGCUUCAUCUAGCACAUGCAGCAUCCAUCAUCUCACGAUCCAAUUCAUAUCCACUCAACUCUCGUUUGAACACGCUAGGCCCUAAAACCAAUUUGAUCAUUUCCAAUAAAGUCAUAUCUCCAGACGGUUUUGUGCGCUCUGCAACGCUCGCUGGAGGAACGUUUCCGGGUCCAAUCAUUGCAGCCAGAAAGGGAGAGCACUUUGCGAUAAAUGUCGUGAACAGACUUACUGACGAUGAAAUGCUCAAGAGCACCAGUGUGCACUGGCAUGGAAUCAGGCAGAAUGGGAGUAACUAUGUAGAUGGAGUCUCGUUCGUUACUCAAUGUCCCAUUGCGCAAAAUCACUCCUUUCUGCACUCCUUCGAGGCUCGGAAUCAGGCCGGAACCUUCUGGUAUCAUAGCCACUACUCGGUCCAACAGUGUGAUGGACUCCGCGGGGCUCUGAUUAUCUAUGACCCUGAAGACCCUCUAUCCUAUUUAUACGACGUUGACGACGAGACCACCGUCAUCACUCUUGCUGACUGGUACCAUAUAGUCGCCCCCGUUUUAAGCCAUAUAAUUGGCACCAAUGCCAACUCAACACUCAUUAACGGUCUCGGUAGAUAUCAACAGGGACCCCAGAGUGAACUUGCGGUGGUCAGUGUCGAGUACGGGAAAAGAUACCGCCUGCGCCUUAUAGCAAUGUCUUGCGAUCCCAACUUCGUGUUCUCCAUUGACAACCAUAACAUGACGGUAAUCGAAGCGGACGGUGAACUGACGCAGCCCCUCCUCGUGGACUCGCUCCAGAUACUUGCUGGACAACGAUACUCUGUUGUGCUCGUUGCGAACCAACCGGUCGACAACUACUGGAUACGGGCACUCCCAAACACUCUAGGCUUGAACAACUUUAUCAACAACCAGAACUCUGCCAUCUUGCGAUACAACGGUGCACCCAUUGCAGAACCUACUACAAACCAGACCGAAAGUACCAUGCCGCUCGUUGAGAACAAUUUGCAUGCUUUAAUCAAUCCUGGUGCACCUGGGAUUCCAGAGUACGGAAAGGCAGACAUCAACUUGAAGUUGGUGGUCAACAACUCGGGUGGGAUAUAUUCGGUCAACGGCGUACCAUACAAGCCUCCCACGGUGCCCGUACUACUUCAGAUCCUCAGUGGCGCACAACAGGCAACCGAUCUCCUUCCGGCAGGAAGUGUAUAUGUUCUAGGGGCUAACAAGGUCGUCGAAUUGACGAUGCCAGCUGUUAAUGCUGGUGGUCCUCAUCCGAUUCAUAUUCACGGUCAUAGCUUUGAUGUCGUGCAGAGCGCCGGAAACAGUUCUUUUAACUACGUCAAUCCCGUACGCAGGGAUGUAGUAUCCAGUGGGAUCCUGAGCCAACAGAUGGUGAUUAGAUGGGUUACAGAUAACUCUGGCCCAUGGUUCCUGCACUGUCACAUUGAUUGGCAUCUCGACGCUGGUUUUGCUAUAGUCAUGGCCGAAAGUCCUUUGGACACUCAGGCGCAUCUAGGCUACAUACCCAAUGCAUGGGACGAACUUUGCCCAACAUUCAACUCGUUAACCCCAGCCCAGAUUGGAGCGCAAAAUUCGUAUCAGGAAGCACAGAAUAUCUCCACACUGCUGUUUCCUAACACAUAG